AUGCCUCCUCCAUUGGGAUGGAAGGUUGGCAAUAGUCUUCAUCCUUACUACAACUCAAUGCUCUGUCGGUUCCAUAAUCAUAUGUGCGAUAUGCUGAAACAACAUGGCACAGGGCUGUUCGAAAACAAAUCGGAGGCCACCAAUGCCGUCAACAGCUACAAGGAGUACAUAAUACGCGAAUAUCGAAAGACAUGGAUUCAGAUGUUUGGGCUACCGGAUUUCAAAUUGCAUAUCGAUGUGGAAAGCUAG